AUGGAUAGCGAUUCAAUAUUUAAACAAUUCUUGGCAAGAGAAGAUAAUGCCGAGUUGAGGCAAAUAUAUGCCCAAGAUAUGCAUCUUUUUGAUAGUUCAACCAGUAAUAGUCAAUUUGCUACCGGUAUGAAUACACAAGGAUUGGGACAUAUGCAUAGCGAGAGGCAAAUGAAUCUGAACCUGAACUUUGGUUCGGGGCCAUCCAGUAGCUUUAUAGCACCAAAACACUUGAUGCUCGACGAAAUAGCUGACACUCUGGUGGUGGACGGAGUUCAGUUUAACGAAAACCCAGAUAUGCCAUGGACGCACCUGGCACUAUCACAAGAGUUGCUUAAGGGAGUCCAGAACAUGGGAUUCACAAGACCAUCAAAAAUACAGCAGUGCGCACUGCCGCUGAUACUAAACUCCGGAACAAAUUUGAUAGCUCAGUCGAAGAACGGAUCAGGAAAAACAGCAACAUUUGCACUGGCAAUGCUGUCAAAAGUAAAUGUGAACCUCCCGUCAGUACAGGCAUUCUGCCUGUGUCCAACACGUGAACUGGCGACGCAAAACGUUCAAGUAAUACAGAAGCUAGGACAGUUCACACAAGUUAAAACAUUUCUGGGAGUGCCGCAGUGCCAAAGAUUCGAGGAGAGCGACAAGUAUCACCUGUACGUGGGAACGCCAGGGAAAACAAUGGAUUUCCUAAAAAAGAAGAUUAUAAACACUAUGAACGUGGGAAUGCUAGUGUUGGACGAGGCAGAUGAGCUGAUAAAUCAGCAAAACAACAUGGGAACGCAAGUGAUGCAGAUCAGACACAUGCUCAAAGGUCCAGUACAGAUAGUACUCUUCUCAGCAACGUUCUCAGACGACGUUUACAAGUUCGCAACGAGAAUAGCACCGUCAGCGCACAUGAUACAGGUGAAGAGAGAGCAGCUGACGCUGGACUGCAUAGACCAGAGGUACAUGCUCUGCAAAGACGAAGAAGACAAGUUCAACAAACUCUCGGAAAUAUACUCGAGCAUGAUAGUGGGACAGUCAGUGAUUUUCGUCAACUCGAGAGAGUCAGCAUUUAAGCUGUCGCAAAAAAUGAGAGACCAAGGGCACGCAGUAUCGCUGCUAUGCGGAACACUGGGACCGAACGCAGGGCCAAAUUCAAUGACGCCAGAAAUCAGAGAUAAAAUCAUGAAGGAGUUCAAGGACGGAGAAACGAAAGUGCUGAUAUGCACGGACGUGCUUGCGAGAGGAAUCGACGUGCCUCAGGUAACUCUGGUGAUCAACUACGAGCUGCCCUUGGAGUACUCAGGAGCGAAGAACGUAGAGAUGAAGGCAGUGGCCAUGGAAACAUACCUACACCGCAUCGGAAGGACGGGACGUUUCGGACUGAAGGGAAUGUCAAUAAACCUGAUAACAGCGAACGAAAUGGCACUGGUGGAUUCAAUAAAGCAGUUUUACAAGUAA